AUGUCGGUGGGUGGGAUUCCAGACCAGACUGAGGACCACUGCGAGAUCAUUUGCCAUCUAGCGCUGGGAAUGGUGUAUGAAGCCAGAAAUGCGACCGAUCCAAUCAGUGGUCGUCCGCUCCAAAUCCGGGCCGGAAUCCACUCGGGGCCCGUCGUUGCUGGCGUCGUAGGAGCAAAGAUGCCUAGAUACUGUCUCUUUGGUGACACGGUAAAUACCGCGUCCCGAAUGGAAUCCCACAGCCCGGAGGGACGCAUCCAUUGCAGCGAACAUGCCGUCACCUGUGCCCAGCGCACCGGUCGCUUCGAAUUCGAGGGCCGUGGCAAGACCCAGAUCAAGGGCAAGGGCGAGAUGAACACCUACUAUCUCAGCCGCAGCUUCAAAAAAUCAAUGUGGGAGAUUAUCGGGUCUCAGCGAGACGAAAACAUCAACUCUAUCGACGGUUACCAGGAGCUGCGCGCGCUUCUGUUUACCAACGCUGUCGUCCAGAAGAAGAAGCGCAAUCUGAAGGAUAGCAUUGCGUGCUCGAUUUGU